AAAACAUCAUUUAAGUCACACGAAUGUCACCGGGUUUCUCGGUUUAUGAGGAAUAGAAAAUAAGAAUUUUAAAAUAAUAAUUUAUAGAAGUACAAUAUGUGGUGUAUAUAAAUAAGAGUGUUAUUCGUUAAGGAUUAGUCUAUAAAGUAUUUAACAAGUUAACCUUUACAAUGUUUCGUACAAUCACGAAGUUAUCGCCGACAAUAGCAUUAGGCAUAUUUCGACAUUCUUCUGGGCAAUAUGACAAGGAUCUGCUCAAUAGACCAAGCCCUACUGGUCCUGAAACGGGUUGGGAUAGAGUCAAACGAAUGUAUACGGGCGGUGAAUUCGAAGAAGUAUCUGAAGAAUUAAACACAGUAAUGCAGUCAGCAUUAUGUGGAGCCUUUAUUGGUGCAUGUAUGGGAGGAUUUGUUAGUUCUCGGGUGGCUUAUUUAAACUUCAUUGAGAAUAAUCAAGCUACCAUAUUCAAAUCUACUGCAGACGCUAAGAAAAAAUUACAAGAUUAUGUAACUGUAGCGUUUGCAAAGGGUGCAUAUAAAUGGGGCUGGAGAUUGUGUUUCUUUACAGGAAUAUUCAGUUUAACAUCAACAACAAUAUCAGUGUACAGAGGCGACACGUCUUUGAUUGAGUUUGUGUCAGCCGGUGCCCUGACCGGAGCUUUAUAUAAAAUUGAUAUGGGUUUGGCCGCCAUUCUAGUGGGUGCUGGUUUAGGAACUGCGCUGAGCUUUUUUGCUGGCAUAGCUAUUUUAGGACUAUUGAAAUUGACUGGUGUUGAUAUGAUAGACAUUAGAAAAGCUCUGUACAAAUUAAAGGAAGCUCGAGAUGAACAGUUUCAUCAAGCGUUAGAGAAAUCAGCAAAAGAAAAGUAUGACAGCCUAACGGAUCACCACACCAUGUUAGUUGUCGAAGAAGGAGAGAAGAAAAUUGAAGAAAUCUAAAUAAAUAAACGAUUCUAUUUAAUGUAAAUAAAUAAAUAAACUAUUAUUAGUCAAAU